GAGAGAAAAAGCCACCGGGCUGGAAACGACGGCGGUGGGCGGCUGGGGAAGGUGGGCUCAACUUCCCCAAGUGCUGCCCCGAGCAUCGCCCCGGCCGCUGGGUCCCAUCACCUCCACGAGUUCCCCAGGGCAGUUCCCUAACUGGAAGGGCUUCCAUUUUCUACCUUGAACUUGAGCAUCCAGGUGAGGAGGAAGGAAAUCUCUGGGGAUAAAGGGCUGAGCAAGAGCACGGAAGGGCUGCAUCCUCCUGCCGCGACGAAGAUGCCCUCUCUGCUCUCCUGCUCCCAUGCAGACCUGGGGAAGGCGGCACGAGACCAAGGAACAUGGAUAAAGGCUGAGGAACCUCAACUGAUGCUGUGAGCUGGCCGGGGGGGACGCAGGGUGGUCCAUGGGACAGCCGUGCUGCUGCCAACACAGUGCUCCUCACCCAGGCAUUGCCCAUGUCACGGGAGGCCUCUGAUGGAAGAGGCUUGGAUCAAUCGCUACCGCAAGCAGCUGGUGAGGUCCAUCUCACCACAGUUCCUGGAGGAGAUCAUCUGCUACCUGCGGAGGUUGGACCUCCUGACGGCGGAGGAAGCCAGCCGGGCACAGGAGGCGAGCUCCCUGCCCGAGCAGGUGAGGGCAGUGGUGGACGUCCUGGCUGGCAAGGGCACCUACGCCUCCCAGUCCCUGCAGACAUUCAUCGAGACCACCAAUUCCCAGCUCUACCUCCACAUCACUGUCUAUGAACCCAUGGUGCAGAAGCACCUGGAGAGCCUCCAGAGCUACUAUGGGAAUGGCUUGGAGACGGGUGCCCUCCAGCGACUCACGAACUUGCUGAUGGUGGAAGGCUUGUCCGAUAUCCAGCAGAAGGAGCACGACAUCCUGCAGAUUGAAGCCACCAAAGGCCUACGAAAUGUAUCCAAGAGCAUCCCUCUGGAGAAGCUCUUCAUGCCUCUCUCCAAGGUCAGCAUCCCACCUCGGAUCUCCAUCACGGUUGGAGUGGCCGGGAUUGGCAAAAGCACGCUGGUGAAGCUGUUUGUCUACAUGUGGGCAAAGGGGGAGAUCAACAGGGACAUCAUCUUUGUGCUGCCCCUCACCUUCCGGGAGCUCAACACCUAUGAGAAGCUCUCUGCCGAGAGGCUCAUCCGCUCGGCGUUCCCUCACAUCACCGAGCCCAACUGCAUCUCGGCAGGAGCUGCCAGGACCCUGCUGAUCCUCGACGGCUUGGAUGAGUUCAAGACUCCUUUGGAUUUUUCCAACACGAUAGUAUGCACCGAUCCCAAAAAGGAGAUCCAAGUGGACAACCUGAUCACCAACAUUAUACGUGGCAACCUGCUGCAGGAGGCUUCUGUCUGGGUCACAUCGCGGCCAACGGCAGCCAGCCAAAUCCCCGGUGGGCUCAUUGACCGGAUGACUGAAAUACGAGGUUUCGGAGCUGCAGAGAUGAAGGACUUCUUGGACCAGAUGUUCCUUGACAACAGCGACCUAUCCAGCCAAGUCCUGCAUCACAUCAGGGCUAACAGGUCGUUACAUGUCAUGUGCACCGUUCCUGGCUUUUGCUGGAUUUCUGGCUCCUCGAUCGGUUAUUACCUAAAAAAUAGCACGGAUCAAUCCCAAGAAACGACCGCUGUCCCUAGGACCCUAUCAGAAAUCUACUCCUAUUAUUUUAAAAUGGCUCUGAGCAGCGACUGGCUGGAAAAGUCGAGAGAAACACUCCGGAUCGAGCAAGUGGUCAACAACAGCAAGAAGAUAGUGGGCAGCCUGGGCAAGCUGGCCUUCUACGGGCUGCUCAGAAAGAAAUACGUGUUUUACGAGCAGGACAUGAAGGUGUAUGGCAUUGACCUUUCCUUGCUGCAGAGCAGCUUGUGCAGUAGACUCCUACUCAAAGAAGAGAUGCAAUCCUUCACAGCCUACUACUUCUCCCACUUAACCAUACAGGAGUUUCUGGCGGCUAUUUAUUAUUACACGGCUGCAAAGCGGGCAAUAUUUGACCUCUUCACGGAGAGUGGGAUGUCCUGGCUCAAGUUGGGUUUCCUCAACCACUUCAAGAGCGCUGUUCAGAGAUCGCUGCAGGCAGAGGACGGGCAGCUGGACAUCUUUGUGCGUUUUCUCUCUGGGCUCCUCUCCCCACAGGUGAACAAGCUGCUGUCUGGGUGGUUGCUGGUGAAGGAUGAGAACAACAGCUUCAGGAGCCAAGCGAUCAGCUUCCUCCAAGGCUGCCUGAACACCGACUACGUCAUCUCCUCGCGGACAGUGAACACGAUGCACUGCCUGUACGAAAUUCAGCACAUGGAGAUCGCUAAGACUGUGGAAGAAGCAAUGAAGAACGAGAGCUUGGCUGGGAUGCUCACCCCCGUGAACUGCUCUGCCCUGGCUUAUCUCCUGCAGGUCUCCGACAUCUGCAUGGAGGAGACGAACCUCUCCAACUGCCUCACCUACAACGUCUGUAAGAGCCUGCUCUCCCAGCUCCUUUUCUGCCACAACCUCAGGUUGGACAAUAACCAGUUUAAGGACAACGUGAUGGAGCUUCUGGGCAGCGUGCUGAGUGCGAAGGACUGCCAGAUCUGGAAGCUCAGCUUGGCAGAAAAUCAGAUCAGCAACAAGGGAGCCAAAGCGCUGGCCAGGUCACUGCUGGUGAACAGGAGCCUGACGGCACUGGACCUGCGGAGCAACUCCAUCGGCCCCACCGGAGCAAGGGCACUGGCUGAUGCGCUGAAAAAAAAUCAAGUCCUGCUUUCCCUGAACCUGCAGCACAACACCAUCAAGGAGGACGGUGCCACCUUCCUGGCCGAGGCCCUGCUGACCAACCAGAGGCUGACGACCCUGCACCUGCAGAAGAACGGGAUUGGAGCCCAUGGCGCGAGGAAAAUAGCGGAGGCGCUGAAGCAGAACCGCAGCCUGAAGGAGCUGAUGCUCUCCAGCAACUCGGUAGGAGACAACGGCUCGGUUGCCUUGGCUGAAGCUCUGAGGGUGAACCACAGUUUGCAAAGCCUCGAUCUCCAGAGCAACUCCAUCAGCAGCACCGGGGUCGCUGCGCUGACAGCGGCUCUCUGCUCCAACAAGGGACUCAUCAACCUCAACCUGCGGGAGAACUCCAUCAGCAAGGAGGGGGGCCCCGCCAUCGCCCGCGCCCUGCGGACCAACAGCACCCUCAGGAAGCUGGACUUAGCGGCGAACCUGCUGUACGACGAAGGCGGCAAGGCCAUCGCUUUAGCGAUGAAAGAGAACCGGGCGCUCGCAUCCCUCCACUUGCAGUGGAACUUCAUCCAGGCAACAGCUGCCACGGCCCUGGCACAAGCACUACAGUCCAACGGCAGCCUGGCCAGCCUUGACUUGCAGGAGAACGCCAUCGGAGAUGAAGGAAUGGCCGCCCUCUCUGCCGCGCUGAAGGUCAACACAACCCUGGCAGAUCUCCACCUGCAGGUUGCUUCAGUUGGCGCAGCUGGCGCCCAAGCCCUGGCAGAAGCCUUGAUGGUCAACAAGAGCCUGAAGAUCCUGGACUUGCGCGGAAACUCCAUCGGUGUGGCAGGGGCCAAGGCGAUGGCCAACGCGCUCAAGGUGAACCGCAGCCUCCGCCGGCUCAACUUGCAGGAAAACUCCCUGGGCAUGGACGGAGCCAUCUGCAUCGCCACCGCUCUGAAGGGCAACCAUGGCCUCACCUACGUGAACCUGCAGGGAAACCGCAUUGGCCAGUCGGGAGCCAAGAUGAUCUCAGACGCUAUCCGGACAAACUCACCCGAUUGCAUCGUGGACGUGUGAGGGUGCCUGGCUGCAGCGAGGCGGUGGCCCGGUGUGUCCCUUUGGCCGGUGUGCCUCUGCAGGGAGCUGCUCGGCCCUUUGCCCCCCAUCUCAGGGAGGAGACCUGUGGCCAGGAGAGCUCCCGAGCUCCCCGGCACAGCCCAGGAGGACCUGGGGCCUCUGGAUCAGCGGUGCAGGAGGGUCAAGACUCACCAGUGGUGAAAGCUGGGGGAUGUGUGACCAUGUCCCUGCUCAUCCAGGCCCUAGGGGAGCUUCAAGGCACGGGUGACGUGCAAAGAGGAGGGAGGAGGGGGCAGAUCCCCCACGCCAGCCCUUCUGGCUUUCCUGGCUGACCUACCUGCCGGCGGCAGCGACCCCCUCCUGUGAUCUCCACAGGGUUACAGCACUGCGCUCAGACCCUGUCCCAGACUGGGAUUGUCCUGACUGCCCUGGAGCUCUGCUCUUGUCCCAGCAUGAGUCGCCAUGGGCAAACUCUGCAGCACCCCAGCACCUCCAGGGCUCUGCUCACAGCACCAGCUCUUCUCCAUCUGGUUCUGGCAGGGAUCCCAGGAGAACCGGGUGAAACAUGGGCAGAAUUGACAGCAGCCCCUUCUCACCUGGCUACAUACGGCCUGGUCCUGCAGGUUCCCCUCAACAUCCCAGAGAGACGAGAGGUUUUUCCAUCUCCUUGCUCAGAUGAGAGUGGUGCUUUGGACCAGGACAGGGUCCUCGGCAGCGAGGGCAACCUGCGUGUUUGCCAUGCCCCCAGUAACAGGUUGGUGUUGGCCAAGUGCGACUGAAGUGUUUGUUAGUGCUGUUCCCUGUCAAAGCCUCUCAGAAGAGCCAGGCAUCCCAAGGCGGAGGUGGAACCAUCUGGAAAGACCCUGGGAAAUGAAGAGCCCUCGGGCUAAGGGGAGGAGCGGGAGGGUCUUCGUAAGAGGAACAGCACUGUGUAAGGAUGGGCAAUGACCGGGACACGCGUCUAGGUGCUACACCGGAACUGCCUUAUCAUGGAGCUCUACCUCCUGAGUAGAGGCUGGACUUCCAGGGUCUCCUGCUGUUGUCAUCGGUGACAAACUGUGUGACCUUGGGAAGCACCUUCCCCACGUCCCAGCUGCAGGCAGGGUCCUCCCCUGGCAGGUCCCCUUUAGGGCGGGUGGUUGCUGCAAGCAGAGGUGCUGGGCGAUGUCCUUGCGUGCAUGGCAGAGACCCAGCGACUCUCCAGAACGUGCUGGGUUUGCAGGUGGACCAGUAGCCAAACGGUGCAACCCCCCCAGAGCCCCCUCCCCACCCCAGCCAGAGCCCACCCUGAGCCAUGCUGCUCUGCAGUCCGGGCAGAAGUGACUGCUUCAGGGACCGCUGUGGGCUGACCCUGGAGAAACGCUGGGCUGAGCUGUGCGAUAUGUACAUCCUUGGAAAUAAA